AUGUCUAUCUGCAACCGCAGACUUGCUCCUUCUCUUGCCAGCACUGAUGUCCAGUUGCUACAAGCUUUGAAUGCGAUGAAAGAAGAGAUGAAGGCCAUGAAGGAUAAGAUCACAUUGAUGGAUACAAGAAUCGGUGUAGUGAUCACUGGUAACGCAACCGCCAUUAAUGGCAUUGAUGCCUUGUCUGCCCUCCCAGCAUCUGCGCAUGUGUCCACUAGUGUUGCAUCCACUUCUGCUGCCCUUCCCACCACUGAAUCAAGUGAUAUUAACGCUGUAUUUUGGGCAGUUGAUGUUCGUUUUGAUCGCUCUCCAAAUAGAGAGCUAGUCAAACAACUCUUGUAUUACUUGGAAAAGAAGUUUGCUGGCACUGAUAUGAAGACACGCGACCUUCGUAAGUGUAUAUACACAAACUUCUGUAGUAGACGUUGCCAGCAAAGGGAACUUCCGGAAACAAGACGAGCCUUGAAUACUAAUUCAAGAAGAUCUGGCCGUGAAACUGAUAAUUACACUUGCUGUCGCCUUGCUUAUGAUGCUUACAAGGCUGACAUUGAUCUCAAGAUGGGUCAAAACUGCUCUGGACUGAUCCAAAAGUUGGUCAUGUCUGAAGGCGAAUCAGACGAUGAUAUGUCCCCCUCUCAGCCAAGAAAUGAGAUUCGUCUUAACAAAUUCAUUACGGAGGUUGACUCAUUUGUUGUUAAGCAAUUGGGUGCAAAUUCCCGCCAACUGCUUAAGAGAGUUUAUGGUAGAACAGUGGAAUCAGCAGUCCCAAUUGAUUUAGAUCCUGCUCUACCUCAAUGGGCUCUUAAAUAUGGGUCAUAA